ACAGGCGGAGCGGCGAUGGAAGGGGCGGAAAACAAGGCGGAGCAGCACCGCGAGGAGGCGGAGCUGCCAGGACUGGGGUGCCGGUUCCUUCCUCGGAAGAUUCAGGGAUUCCAGUCCCAUACUGAGACGCUCAGCUCUGGCACUGCCGCUAUGGGACAGGCGCUGCUGCUCUUUUGCUGCCUUGUCACCACCGCCUGUCCUCGGGAUGUGUCGGUGGCGGGGGUCGCUUACCGGCACCAUCAGGAGGACGAUGGGGUCCGGCCGCUGCCCCCGUCCCGGGAGCCCACGGACUGGAGACGCCGAGAGCAGGAAUCUGGAGCCCGAGCGGAUGGUGGUCCCGCUCACUGCCGCCUGGGGCGAAGAGCUCUGGGUGACGUGGGGGCCAAUGGAGUCAGACCGUCGCGAGCGGGCCCUGAGGUUAUCUUGGUUUCUGAGGGACUGGCAGCAAACGCACCCAUUGCUCUGGUGGAGGCUGGAAGCCAGCUGGAAUGCCAGCUGGAGGCCCGGGGAGACUUCCAGCUGGUGAGAACCUACCAGGGCAAAUACCUGAUGUUGAGCCAGGUUGGCCUAGACCGAGAGAAGAGGGCAGAGUACCACCUGAAGCUGGUCACCCUGAAGGACGGGAGUGCAUUCCCUGCCUCACCCCCCAUCCUCAUCACCGUAAAGGUGGUCGAUGUGAACGAUAACGCCCCGGUGUUUGCAGAGAGCGCCUACCGGGUGUCCAUCCCAGAGAAUGAAGCGCCCAACACCACGAUCCUGACUGUGACGGCCUCUGACAGGGACCAGGGCGCCAAUGGCCAAAUCACUUAUUCCAUUGUGAACUCUUCGUCCUCGGUGGGGCUCCCCGUCUCCUCACUGAUCGGCGUUCACCCCGAGCUGGGCACCAUUUACACACGGGUGUCGUUCGACUACGAGCAGCUGAGGGCCUUGGAGUUCGUGGUGGAGGCCCGGGAUGGUGGCGAGCCCCCGGCCAGCUCCACGGUGCCAGUCAGGCUUGACAUCGGCGACGUGAAUGACAACCGGCCGGUCUUCACCUCACCGGGCACGUUGACUAUCACUGUGCCCCUCGAGGCGGCCGGGGAGUGCGAGCCCCCUGGGCCUGAGAGAGCUCCGAGUGGGACGCCGCCAUCUCCAUGGCAACGUGGCGGUCACGUGGUGACCAGGGUGCAGGCGGAGGACGCCGACUCGUCUGCAAACGCCGAGGUCCGUUACGAGCUCGCGGCGGGAGGCGGGGCCUUCUCCAUCGACAGCAGCAGCGGGGAGGUCCGCGCCUGCGUACUGCAGCCCGGAGACUGGGCCGUCACGGUGCGGGCCUGGGACCGCGGCCGGCCCCCGCUCUCCUCCGAGGCCACCUUCACCUUGUCGUUCGUCGCCAGCGACCCGACCCUCGCCGGCCAGAGCCUGGGCCCCCCGACCGUCACGGUGCUGUGCCUCGGGGCGCUGGGAGCCGCCGCCUUGCUGCUGCUGCCCGCCCUGCUGGCGGUGCGGGCCCGGUGCGUGGCCGACAAGCGGGACGCCCGGGCCUACAACUGCCGCCGAGCCGAGACCGCCUACCGGCUGCACCCGAAGAGACCGCCCCGGCAGAUCCAGAAGGCGGACAUCACCCUCCUGCGGCCGGGCGGGGGACGGAGCCGGCGAGGGGCGAACGCCGGACCACCGUCCGCCUCUCCUCCCCCUCCGCCCCAGCCAGCCCCCGAGGAGAAGCCGGGGCCGGGGCUGGAGAAAGCCUAUCCCACCCUCCGGAGGGAGCGGGACUCCCAGCAUCGUCAGCUGCUGAGGGAAUUGGUCCGACUGUCCAUGGCUGGCUUCUCGGAUUGCACCCUGGAGCUCACGCAGGUCUCGCCCCACGUUCAGCAAAUCUCCCAGCUGCUCUCCUUAUUACACCAAGGACAGUUCCAAGCUAAGCCAAAUUUUCGAGGAAAUAAAUAUUUGAAGAACUACAGGGCAGCAAUGCAGGAAGCUGAUGGCACGAGUCUGAAGGACAGCGGUCAGGGAGAGAGCGAGGAGGGAGACAGCGAUUGUGAUACCGGUAGAAACUCGCCCAUUGACCGUCUGCUUGAAGAGGGACUGAAUGAUCUGCUGUCUAGGGGAGGCUGGACAACACCAGAAUUGGGAGCGAGGGCCAGCACAGGUGAAGAGCUGAGUCUGGAGGAGUUGUGCUGGAUGUUACCGUCACCAUUACCAUUGGAUUACAAGGAGAAUGUCUUCAAGCCAGAGCCAAUUGAGAAUUCUCCGCCCAUUUGCGAUGGUGAGAAGACCACUUUCUCAACCUUCGGCAAAAACUCGAUGGAGCUUUAUGCUGAGACAGAGGAGUCUGCUGUCAAAGGGUCUCUCUUGACUGAGAUGAGUGCCCUUUUCCAGCUCCUGCUCUCACAGAAAGCCGAGGCGUAUGCGGAAUCGAGCCCCGAGCUUCUCCUCAACUUUUCGGGUCGGAGGAGUAUCUUCAGCGGGAGUGAAGGGGAAGGGAUCGGAGUGCCACCUGGGGGCAGGUUUCCUGGGUGUGGUCGUCCUGGGAGUGGAACCAGGCAUCUCCCUGUGGUGCAGGAAGCCACGGAGCAGAGAGAUGGGACAGAGCUGGACUUCCAUCGACUGGUUUAAUGAUCUCAUCAAUCAUCUUGAGGAGGUUGGGUGUCUAUAUCGAAGGUCAUGUCCAGCAUUCUGAGUGGUUUCUUGGGAGACAUUGGCUGAAGAGAUCAAAUGGAGUGAACAAUUGAGACCAUGACCUUGCUGCUUGAAGUACCUAACCUGGAUUGACACUCAGUGACUCUUCUCCUCCCCAUCCCCCCCACCCAAAAGAAACCUGAGGCCUUCUACAGAUUUGUUAAUGCAGGAUUGUGUGUGUGUGUGUGUGUGUGUGUGUUCGUGAACUGAUGGUUAGAAAACCAAAGACUUUCACAUGAAAUGUUGACCUUUGUGCUUCACUGCCCCAGGACUGGACCCUGGAGCAUGGGUAAGGGGUAAAUGUUGUUAGUUUUGUGUUCAUUCACUGAAAGGAUUUUGUAAAUAUUUCCCUGACUUUUACUCUUACUGAGAAGAGACUGUGUGGUAAAUAUUUGAACUUACCCUUUGUCUAUCCCAGUUAAGGACUGCAGAAUAUUUUUCUACCCUAUUUAAUGAUUUUUCCCUGGCCCAAUGAUCAUGGUGUUUUUAUAUAUUUGUAUGUUUCUUCCUUUUAUUGCUUGAACUGCCUAAUGUAUAUU